CGAUAAGGUUCAAUACUAUUUUUAUUUAAAUUAUUAUCUUGAGUGAAGAAUAUUUACAGUUGCAAAGUGUUUCUUUCCAGUUAAAUCCUGGCAGGUUUAAUUUUAAUUUUAACUAGAAAAUUAAUACGAAAUAUAAAGAUUGUUCAACUUUGUUGUCUUUUUAAGAAAAAAAUGGCGGAAGGUAAAAUGGAGAAUACGUUAAUAUCUUUCGAUGUUAUCUCGAGUCCUGAGCUAGAGGAGAAUAAUACUGACUUCUUCAGUUUGCUUCCAGCUGAAAUUAUAUUCAAAAUAGUCCAGUAUAUCCGAGUUCAGGCUGAUCAGCUUAGGUUUGGAAAGACGUGUAAAAGGAUGCUCCAGAUCUACUUAAACCAGAAAUCCUGGUUGGUGAGAAUUAGAUCCAUUACUGAUAUCAAAACCUUCUCUACAGCCGUUCCCUUGAUCAGUUGGGUGUUGAUAUUGCAUGAGAGUUCCUCGAGCCUGGACUUACGAUUCCUAGUGGCUGGGCACCCGGAGAUAGAACGCUUGGAUGUCAGAAGAGUAGGAUUAUUCUGGAAUGACUGGAUAAAUGAUGAUCGAAUAGUUCAACACAUGAGACCUAGUUCCUUGAUGGACCCUCAGAAGAGUUCGGAUGUUCCGGAAACUGUUCCAUCAAUCGCAGGUUCCUGUGUUCCUGACAAAUUGUUCCAUGAAAACUUGAAGGAUCUCAGAUUGCGAGGACUUAACAUAUCCUACAAUUCUUUAAAGAUAAUCUUCUCUCUUCUCCAGAACCUGGAGACACUAGAUGUGAGUGACUGUCAAAAGUUGACGGACAUAUGUUUUGACUUUCUAGAUAAGAAAGGAUUAAAACAUCACAAUCUUAGGCAUUUAGCUGUAAGAGGGACAACGAUUUCCAACAAGUCUCUAAAGCCAAUCAUGACAAUAUUCCCGGCUCUGAAGUCUUUAAGUAUCGGCAGUUUUGAGAUCGAUUCUGAGGGGUUUACCAACUUAGCAACUCAGGGGUUAUCAUAUCCCUGCCUUGAGAGGUUAACUUUAUGCUUUGGAUGUAUAGGAUUGACAUCAUUCUGCUCAUCAUUAUCCAGACUAUUCCCCAAGCUCAAGUUUCUUGAUGUUUUGGAAAUACCGCUUUUUGAUGUUUAUCUAGACUUCUACCAACGGCUCUCCAAUGCGGCGAAAUAUUUGGAAGAAUUGAGAAUAAGUACGAAGUUUAGCUCACACAAGUCUUUAAUGCAUCUCAGCGGAUGUAUGAAUCUGAAGACCUUGGUUUGCACCACUAUCCUGAAAGAUGAAACCAUCUUGCACUUGAAGAACAAUAUUCCCCACAGUCUCAAGAUCAAGGUUGUCCCAGAGGUUUGCGAUUAUUCCUUCUAUGGGUUCUAUGACGAGGAUGAGGACGAGGACGAGGAUGAGGAUGCGGAUGAGGAUGAGGAAUACGUUGGAAUGUUUCCUGAUUUAUCCAGCGAUAAUCAGUACCUUGGAGAUAAUGAACUUGCUUUUAAACUUAUGAUUCAAGCGCGACUCGGUCCUUGAACUUAAAAUGAAAUGCAUUUUAUUUUGGCCCUCGCAUGAAAAACUGACCUAAAGUUAAUUACGAUUUUAAAAGAUUAUUCUCUCUCACAGUUGAUCCCAAUCAUAAAAUGAUCUCAUGGCGCUCAUUGAUUUAUGGAAUCUUAAUAUUUAAGUAUAUUUACCCAUUUAGUUUAAAGCCGUAAAAUCAAUUUUCAAGUGAUAUAAAAGCAUAUUUUUAUCCUAUUUUUCUUUUGAAAAUUACGAUUAAGAUAUUUAUAUUUCUUCUGCAGAAUGUAUUCGGCUUAUACUUUUAAUUGGCUGUGACUUUAUUUCUCAUCGUUUGUCACAGGAAUUUAAAGAAUUUUACUAUUUUGUCUUUUUCAGA